UCCAAUUGAAGGGGCCUAUACAAACCACAACCAAUGAAUCGAAGAAUCCAACAACAGUAAAUUUCCCUUAUCCAUUGCGAACUUCAAAUCAGAGUGAAGCCAGCACAAGCGAGGUGCCAGAACAAAGGUGCCAAAGCAUGCUUGGCUCAGUUCUCCAUUCCUCCCUCUCCACACUGGUUCUCUAUCCAUCGCCCCCCAAGCCAGGAUGUUGUAUUUCAAAGAAGUUGAAUGUAAGAACUGGACAAUGCAAGAAUAGAGUAGAGAAAUCAGCAAGGCGGAGAACAAUGGUUAUUGGAUGUAAGAAAGAGAAUCAAGAAGUGGGUUUUCAAGCUAGUGAACGGCUUUAUCUUGGAAUGGAUUUUGGAACAUCCGGAGCUAGGUAUGCUUUGAUUGACAAGCAAGGGACAAUUCAUGCUGAAGGGAAGAGAGUAUAUCUGCAAUACGUGAGGGAGGAAACAAUGGAUUGGGCUUGGUCAUGGAAAACAACCCUUUUCUCACUGCUUGAAGAUGUUCCUGUUCAUCUCCGUCCUCUCAUCGCAUCCAUUUCUCUUGAUGGGACUUCUGCAACUACUCUCAUUAUUGACGGAAAUACAGGAGAACCAUUAGCCAGACCUUACCUCUACAAUGAGAGUUGUCCUGAUGCUUUACCAGUUGUAAAGUCCAUUGCUCCUGUAAACCAUACAGUCUGCUCUGGAACCUCUACCCUGUGCAAGCUUGUUUCAUGGUGGAACAAUGACAAAUCAGACAAAAAAUCUAUAAUAUUAUUGCAUCAAGCUGAUUGGUUGUUGUGGUUUCUUCAUGGGCAGCUUGGAGUUUCUGAUUACAACAAUGCUUUGAAGGUUGGUUAUGAUCCUGAACUCGACUCCUAUCCGGCUUGGCUGUUAUCUCAGCCUUAUUCGCAACUUUUACCUGCAAUCAAGGCUCCUGGAACUUCAAUCGGCCAUUUGAAAGGGGAUGUUAGAGCACAAUUUGGUUUUUCAGAAGAUUGUAUUGUAUGUACUGGGACCACUGAUAGCAUAGCGGCCUUUCUUGCAGCACGUGCAACAAAACCUGGGAAAGCGGUCACCUCAUUGGGUUCAACCCUUGCAAUUAAACUGCUAAGUACAACUAGGAUAGAGGAUGCAAGAUAUGGGGUGUAUAGUCAUCGCCUUGAUGAUAAAUGGCUUGUUGGAGGAGCUUCAAAUACCGGUGGAGCAGUUCUUAAGGAAAUUUUCACUGAUGAGCAAUUGGAAAAACUGAGUGAACAUAUUAAUCCCAUGGAUGCCUCCCCUCUAGACUACUAUCCCUUAAAAUCAGUUGGAGAGAGAUUCCCUGUGGCGGAUCCAAAGAUGGAGCCUAGGUUACAUCCACGCCCAGAAAGUGAUGUAGAAUACUUGCAUGGUAUUUUGGAAUCGAUUGCCCGUAUAGAGGCAAAGGCUUACAUCUUAUUGAAGAAUCUAGGCGCGACCCAAGCGGACGAAGUGUUUACUGCUGGAGGUGGUGCAGAAAACGAGAAAUGGACAAAGAUUCGAGAGAGAGUACUUGGUUUACGUGUGAGCCGAGCAACUCAAACAGAGGCUGCCUAUGGAGCUGCUUUGUUGGCAUUGAAGGGUGCCCAACAGAAGUAAUGGCUAGUGAGAGCAGGCAAUGACUGUCUUCAUUUUGAAGGAUCAGUAUAUAAAAUGUGGAGAGUAUAUAAAUCCAGCUUAGCUUUUUGCAAGCAAAGCAGGAAGGACAAAAUAACAAUAUGCAACGAAUCCAAGAUAACUGGCAUUUGCCUAAAGACAAGUAUUCCCAUCACGCCAAUGUGAAACAAUGAAAGUUGGAGGAGGCUAGGCCAAUCUGAUGGCCAACCAUAGGAUGAAGAUUUCAAAUAAAAUGAGUAACAAAUAAACAGUACUCGUGAGAGGGGAAAAGCUAGAGCCUAAGAGCUAAACCCUAAUGGUCGGGGUGUUGCUAGAAUUGAACUCCAGACCUCUUGCAUGGGAAGUGAGAAUCAUACCACUAGACAAAACACCCAUGGCGGCAUCCAUUAAAUUCAGUAACGAGUUUCGGACCAAUGCUAUCGUCCCUAAAGAAAAACACAUUCCAGCGAGAGUAAUGGCGGCAAAACUUAGCUUCUUCGUGAGACCCCUUUGCAUCUCAAUCUCAGGAUUCCACAAUAAAAUCCCAAUAAUUC